AUGGGUACAGCAGUGGAAAUGGACGUGGAGAUGGAGUUUCUGGCAGGGGGGCUGGGGAAAUGCAAAGCCAUUGGUGACUACAAUGGUCAUGUCGGCCUCGGUGUAAAAUGCUCCAAGGAAGUUGCCACUGCUAUUCGUGGGGCAAUCAUCUUGGCUAAACCAUCCAUUGUACCAGUACGACGAGGCUACUGGGGUAACAAGAUUGGCAAGCCUCAUAGUGUAUCUUGCAAGGUUACUGGUCGUUGUGGGUCUGUUCUGGUGCAUCUGAUCCCAGCACCCCAUGGUACCCGAAUUGUAUCUGCCCCUGUUCCAAAGAAACUGCUGAUGGUGGCUGGAAUUGAUGACUGCUAUGCUUCAGCUAGGGGUUGUACUGCUACACUGGGCAACUUUGCUAAAGCCACCUUUGAAGCACUCUCCAAGACCUACAGUUAUCUGACCCCUGACCUCUGGAAGGAGACUGUGUUCACCAAGUCUCCUUAUCAGGAAUUCACUGAUCAUCUGGCUAAGACCCACACCAGAGUCUCAGUGCAGAGAACCCAGGCAGCUGCUGUGGCAAAUCAGAAGAGCGUCGUGUUUGGGGAUGAGUGUGCAUGUGUGGUUGAUAUGGGUUUGUCGUGCUGCAGGGCUAUAGUCUCACAGGGCAGCUCCAAGAUUCCCCAGGUCCCAGGAGGUGAUUGCAAGCUAUGUCUGAUGGAGGUGGGUAGAAGUUCACAGAUUCCCUGGCUGAAGCACAGUUCCACCGAAACCAGCGUCAUCCCUGGCGUGGGAGACGAUCGCGUAGUGCGAGGUGAACGUGUGAACUGA